AAAUUUUUCUAAUAAUAAAAAACAUUUUGUACAUUGUACAUCAGUUUUGUGAUAAAAUAAUGGCUCCGCUGUUACCUGAAGAUGUUAUGAUUGAAAUAUUCGAUAAUCUAACGGGUGAUGCAAAUACACUUUUCUCUGGUUUAUUAGUUAAUAAACUCUGGUGUCGUGUGAUAAUUCCAAUAUUAUGGAGAGAUCCAUGGGAAAUUGCAAGAUUACGACAAAAAAUUAAAGCAUACAAUUUUCUUUACGUACUUUGUGGAUGUUUAUCGGAGGAAUCCAAGAAUUUAUUUUUAGAUCUUGGGCUUAAUUUUCAAAUUCAUUAUCCAAAAUUUGAUUAUGCGAGUUAUAUUCGUAUGAUGAAUACACAUUAUUUUAAUGUUAGUAUAACCAAAAAGUUUUGUUCAAAAGAUAGAGAUAAUAUUAAAAGACAACUUGUAGAAAAAGAAUUAUAUUUGUUGAUAAUUUCGCGUUCACCUGCUAUUAAAUAUUUGAGAAUUGAAUUUCCAACAACACUUGAAUAUCCUAUACUUAGUUUCCCAGGAGCUAACACAAGUUUUUCGAAACUUAAUAAAUUUUUUUGUGAUGCAAAAAGAUUACCACGAUUAUUCUUAAUUGAUUUGGCAAAUAUUAGCAAGAAUAUUCAACAAAUUUACGCCAAGAAUUUCGACGUAGAUGAAACUGGAAUAGCAAAAUUAAUUAAAGCUCAAACAAGAUUAGCCUAUUUUCAUCUGGAAUCUGGAGGGGCAUGCAAUGGAAAUGGAAUGACGAUAAACAAAGAGUUGGAAAGCCUUGCACCUUCGUUAAAACAUUUUGUUGUGACGUCUCCUCAUCUCCCGAUCUCUGUAACGUCAUUAUAUUCAUGUAGUUUGUUAGAAACUUUGAAACUGAUUGGAAAAGGUUUUUAUGAUAAGCAUCCAACGAAUUUAAAUAGAUCGUUAACGAAUUCAUCAGCUGAUGCUAAAUUUCCAAAUUUACGUACUCUUUAUAUACGUUCAACGUAUGCGUAUCAUCCCAUAACAGAAUUUAAAAUAGCGGAAAAUUUUGUUGCAAGAUCUGGAGGACAACUUCAUAGUUUAUUUUUGCAAGGAAAAUUUAAGAAAGAACAUGUGAAACCAAGUUUAUUACAAAAUGUCGCAAAGUGUUGUCCAAAACUUAAGUUCUUAUCUGUAUGGUUAACUAAUGAUGAUGAUAUCAGAUAUUUAGAACAAAUAUUAUCAUCAUGUUCGUCAUUAAGAGGUAUUAUUGUUAACACUUUUAUAGAUGUUAAAAUCGGGGAUGAAUUAUUGAUGUUGUUUAAAAGACGGUUAGCACGAAAACUCUGCAAAUUCAAGUUUAAUGAUCAUUUUCAUUUUUCGCAGAGUUCCUUUGUAGCAUUUAUGAAUAGUUGGAGUGAUAAUGAUUCUUUACAAAUUCAUGUAAUUGAUGAGGGAAUAUUUGCGUUUGAUUAUGGGAGGGUGUGUACUCCAUUUAAUGAAAGAGGAGUUUUGAAAAGUCUUAUCGGAGUUGAUGAAUUCACGAGCUUUUCGUGGGAAGACACUGAAGGUGAAGAUUUGUUAUUAGACUGUACUGCUUCCGACUAUGGUUCUUAUUAUUACGAAGAUAGAUAUUCAUCCGAAUAUAGCGAAGAAGAAGAAGAAGAAGAAGAAGAAGAAGAAUGCUAGGAGAAUAUAUAGACGACUC